CCGACAGGCUUUUGGUGGUUUUUUUUGCUUUUUUCCCUUUGGUGGCAAGUGAGAAGCGGAGCGCUCCAGCCGCCGGGACGACCCCGCCUCCGCCGCCGCCGCCGCCGCUCCUCGCCCCGCUCCGCAGCGCCCGCUCCGCCCGCCGGGCCCCUGCCCGCCCGCCCGCACCCUUCCCGGCGGCGGCGGCGGCGGCGGCGCCUUCUCUUCGGGAGUCCCUCCGGGCUGCGGGAGAGGAGAGGAGCCCGCGGGAGGCGCGCCCUCCUCGGAGCCAUGGAUAAUCUCAGCGAUGCCUUGAAGAAAUUGAAGAUCACAGCCAUUGACAUCUCUGAGGACAGUUUGGAAGGAUGCUUGGACUGCCUGCUUCAAGCCCUGGCUCAGAACAAUAUGGAGACAAGUGAAAAACUCCAAGGAAGUGGGAUCCUUCAAUUGUUUGCCAGCCUGCUGACGCCACACUCACCCUGCACAGCCAAAGUCGCAAACAUCAUAGCGGAAGUAGCCAAAAAUGAGUUUAUGCGGCUCCCCUGCGUGGAGGCUGGCUUGAUUCCCCCGCUGGUGCAGCUGCUGAACUGCAAAGACCAGGAAGUACUCCUUCAGACUGGCAGAGCCCUUGGGAACAUAUGCUACGAUAGCCAUGAGGGCAGGAGUGCAGUUGAGCAUGCAGGUGGUGCCCAAAUUGUAGUUGACCAUCUCAGGUCACUGAGCAGUAGCACAGACCCCGCCAGUGAGAAGCUCUUGACUGUCUUUUGUGGCAUGCUGAUGAACUAUAGCAAUGAGAAUGAUUCCCUGCAAGCUCAGCUUAUCAAUAUGGGUGUUAUUCCUACAUUAGUGAAAUUAUUAGGCGUCCACUGCCAAAAUUCAGCUCUUACAGAGAUGUGCCUUGUUGCAUUUGGCAAUUUAGCAGAACUCGAGUCGAGUAAAGAACAGUUUGCACACACAAACAUCGCAGAAGAGUUAGUAAAACUCUUCAAGAAGCAGGGAGAACAUGAUAAAAAGGAGAUGAUUUUUGAAGUUUUGGCUCCUUUGGCAGAAAACGAUGUUAUUAAGUUGCAGCUGGUUGAUGCAGGCCUAGUCGAAUGCCUCCUAGAGGUUGUUCAACAGACGGUGGACGGUGAGAGAGAAGAGGAUAUUGCUGAGCUGAAGACGGCCUCAGAUCUGAUGGUGUUACUCCUUCUCGGAGAUGAGUCCAUGCAGAAACUGUUUGAAGGAGGCAAAGGCAGCGUGUUCCAAAGGGUCCUUUCUUGGGUUCCCUCCAAUAACCAUCAGUUACAGCUCGCAGGAGCUUUGGCUAUUGCGAAUUUUGCCAGGAACGAUGGAAAUUGCAUCCAUAUGGUAGACAAUGGAAUUGUGCAAAAACUUAUGGAGCUGUUAGACAGGCACGUGGAGGACGGAAACGUCACUGUUCAGCAUGCGGCCCUGAGCGCCCUCAGAAACUUGGCAAUACCAGUUGUAAAUAAAGCUAAGAUGUUGUCAGCUGGUGUUGCAGAAGCCGUACUGAAGUUCCUCAAAUCUGAGAUGCCUCCUGUGCAGUUCAAACUCCUAGGAACAUUAAGAAUGUUAAUAGAUGCACAAGUAGAAGCUGCUGAACAGUUGGGAAAGAAUGUAAAACUAGUGCAGCGUUUGGUGGAAUGGUGUGAAGCCAAAGACCAUGCCGGCGUCAUGGGGGAGUCCAACAGGCUCCUUUCUGCCCUCAUCCGACACAGCAAGUCAAAAGAUGUAAUUAAAACCAUUGUGGAGAAUGGUGGCGUAAAGCAUCUAGUAACCAUGGCAACUAGCGAACAUGUAAUAAUGCAGAAUGAAGCCCUUGUUGCAUUGGCGCUAAUAGCAGCUUUAGAAUUAGUCACUGCUGAGAAAGAUCUAGAAAAUGCAAAGCUUGUGCAGAUUCUACACAGACUGUUAGCAGAUGAGAGAAGUGCUCCUGAAAUAAAAUAUAACUCCAUGGUCUUGAUCUGUGCUCUCAUGGGAUCUGAAAGUCUUCACAAGGAGGUGCAGAGCCUGGCGUUUCUAGAAGUUGUAUCAAAGCUCCGCAGCCACGAGAACAAAACCGUCGCCCAGCAGGCCUCCCUCACAGAGCAGAGGCUUACUGUGGACAGCUGAGGACGGCCCGCCCGCCGCCCAGCGUCCCCAUCCUUCACCUGUGUCCUCCGUCCAGCUGCAGCUCCUGCCAUGUCCUCCACUGUAUCACUCGUGCAUGCGUGUAAUGUUCCCACACCAAUGGAAGAACUGCUGUCGGUACCUUCCCAAUGAGGUUUCUCAACCCAUAGUUGGUGUGAACGUGAACCCGUCCGGACCAGUGUCUGCCCAUAAGCCUUCUCCUCGUAUUCUUGUGGCUUGAGUCCCACCAGUAGAAUGUGCAUGUUGUGAUCUUCUAAUGACAUACAUGUGGUACCACAUGACAGCCCCUCGCCCCCCAUAACUGCCGAAGAAUUUACUGAUAAAUUAGAAACAGUCCAGUGUACAGCGAGACCGGUCUAGUGUGUGUGAGAUUGGAUGAAAUAGGGAAAAUAACAAUAAUAGUAAUAAUAAUAAUAAUAAUAAUAAUAAUAAUACAUAGCUCCAUUUUGGGUUCUUUGGAAGCACAAUGACAAAAGAAAUGUGUUGCUGCUCAUUCACUGGUCUUGCCUAUUAAUGUCAAAGUCAUGGUACCUAGAGCUAACAAAUAAAAUCCCAGUGCACUACA